UCGCCAAAUAGCCUAACCUGCAUGUCUUUGGACUGUAGGAGAAAACAGCAGUACACAGAGUAAACCGACACGGAUAGAGUGAAAAAUCUUUGACAUCAUCUAGAGAACCGUUAAACCAUUCAGAGCAAGCUCUUCCCGCAAAGGCGGUAACUUUACAGGGCACGUGCUGUGUUGAACGUUUAAGAAUAGACCCCUCAAAACUUUACCGUCUCUACUUAAUCGUUAAGUAUUUCACAUAAAUACUCAUCAGUAACAAACGAAAGCAACCAGUUUCUGAAGUGACUGAAGAGCAGGAGCAAAUACUGCCGAUCUCCAGUUAAGAUAAAAUACGAUAUUCCCUUCAACAAAAUCAGCAGCUGACCCUUACUGAAAAUGUCAACAACGGGGCAGUUACACAAGCCGGCGCAGGACAUGGGCGAGUGGCAGAGCUUGUUUCAGAACGAGCUGAAGACGGAACAGCAGUCGGUAGUGUUCGUGAAGCGGAUGAUGGCUCUUGCAGUGUCCUGCAUCACCUACCUCCGAGGCAUUUUCCCAGAGGACGCCUAUAGAUCGCGUUAUCUGGAAGAUUUGUGCAUUAAAGUUUUACGAGAGAACAGUUCCUCUCCUGGAGCCUGCAAGAUUGUGAAAUGGAUGAUGGGGUGUUUCGAUGCACUAGAGAAAGGAUAUCUACAGAUUGUGUUUAUAGGGGUGCACACUGAUCCCAGUGAACCAAACCACAUCAUUGAAUCGUACCAGUUUAAGUUUAAAUACACAGAACAAGGCCCGCAAAUGGAGAUUUUGAGGAACCGGAACGAUGACACGAAGGUGACGAUGGAGGACACUAAGAAAGCUUCGGUGCUCCUGGUGCGAAAACUCUUCCUGCUCAUGCAGAACCUGGAUGUCCUCCCCGCUGACGUCUGUCUCUCAAUGAAACUCUAUUACUACGACGAAGUGACCCCGGCCGACUACGAGCCCCCGGGCUUCGAGCAGGGCGUGUGCGACACACUGUGGUUCGACGGGACGGCGGUGCACUUUAAGGUGGGGGACGUGCAGACCCCCUUCCACAGCCUGAAGGUGCAGGUGGCCGCAGAGCAGGGCCGGAUGGCCAAGCUACAGCAGGGGAGCCACCUGUGGGACAGCGACAGUGCCCAGAGCUCGGCACGGCUCGGCCACCGGGGGGCGGCCUUUGAGACAAAAGGGGCAGAGGACCUUCCAUCUGAGAGUGAGUCUGCAGAUUUCAAGGCACCCAAAAAAGCUAGAGGAAAGCUUCAGCAGAAGGCCACCUCCAGGAGGCCCAGUAAGAGAAGCAGAAGAGAAGAAUGAAAACAUGGCUUCCUA